AUGAGUAAACGACGGAACUCAGAAACCCUCGAGGAUGAAGGGCUUCGAAAGCGCCCGCAUCUUACACCCAACACAGUCAACACAGUCGGUUCAAUCAUCGCGGGCAUCACACCCUGGACUUCUUCGGACAUUCCGAAAGAGCUCCCACCUCUACCACCCAUAGCAAAGUCAGAGCUCGAGACGGCAGUUUUCAGACACCCCGGAAUUGGAUAUGGACCCAACUAUGAAAUCCUCGAGUGGUUCGGUGACGCUGCCCUCGAGACCAUCUCCACAGACCUUGUCAUGCAAACCUUUGAGAAUCACCUCACAGUGGGACGUCUGUCUCAACUUCGCGAGCAGCUUGUGCGCAACGUCACAUUGGCAGAAUACUACCGACAGUAUGAAUUUCACAAGAGAACUCAGCUCCCGGCCGAUAUGGGGACCAUGGAGCAGUUGAUGCGCACGAAGCCGAGAGACAGGGAUGUCAUCAAGAUUCAAGGAGAUAUUUUCGAAGCAUAUGUCGGAGCAAUUAUACGAGCAGACCCCGUGCAAGGGCGGACAAACGCUGCGGCCUGGCUCAAGGCACUCUGGAGCCGUACUAUCAAAGACCAGAUCAUAAAGGUAGAGAGGGCAGACGCCUCUGCACCCAAGAUUCAAGUCGAUCAACCUGCCGAAGGCGAAGCAAGACCACCGAAGGAGCCCACGCCAAAGGAGCGCCUUGCCCAGAUUCUCGUCGUCAAGGGUGUCAAAAUUCGGUAUGAGGACAUGCCAUGUAACAAGAAGGAUAAGAACCUAGGGCUUCCUCUAUACGCGAUAGGUGUCUAUUUGGACGGCUGGGGGGAGACAAACAAGCUGUUGGGCGUUGGAACUGCGUUGAAGAAGACGGAAGCGGGUGCGAAGGCGGCGAGCGCGGCGUUGGAGAACCGGAAGCUGAUGAAGCUGCUUGGGGACAAGAAGCAGGCGUUUUUGAGUGCAAGAGGGUAG